GCACUUGCUAUGGGUAUCCGUAAUUGCAGUCUCUGCUUUAGCGGCACCAGACCCGAGGGCAAGUGGGCAGAGAAGUGAAGAUCCUUUGAGUUGGCAGGAUGUGCCUAACGUGGUGCUAGUCGUGAGCGACUCCUUUCAAUAUGGAGUGGGCUCUUCACACACUUGACAGAAUCUUGGAAUAACUUUAAAGGACUAGAUCCAAAUUAUACAACAUGGAUGGAUGUCAUGGAGAAGCAUGGCUACAGAACACAGAAAUUUGGAAAGCUGGACUAUACUUCGGGACAUCACUCCGUUAGCAAUCGUGUGGAAGCAUGGACAAGAGAUGUUGCAUUUUUACUCAGGCAAGAAGGCAGGCCUAUGACUAAACUUACCCUUAAGAAGGCAAAAAUAAGAGUAAUGGGAGAGGACUGGAAGAAUACAGACAGUGCAGUAAAUUGGUUAAGAAAGGAGGCAAGGAAUCACACUCAGCCAUUUGUUCUGUACUUGGGAUUAAAUUUACCACACCCUUAUCCUUCACCAUCUUCGGGGGAAAAUUUUGGAUCUUCAACAUUUCACACAUCUCUUUACUGGCUUAAAAAGGUGUUUUCUGAUGCCAUACAAAUCCCAAAAUGGUCACCUCUGUCAGAAAUGCACCCUGUAGACUAUUACUCUACUUAUACGAAAAACUGCACUGGGAGGUUUACAGAAAAAGAAGUCAAGAAUAUUCGAACAUUUUAUUAUGCUAUGUGUGCUGAGACAGAUGCCAUGCUUGGUGAAAUUAUUAUGGCUCUUCAACAGUUAGAACUUCUUCAGAAAACUGUUGUCAUAUACACCUCAGACCAUGGAGAACUGGCCAUGGAACACCGUCAGUUUUAUAAAAUGAGCAUGUAUGAAGCUAGUUCCCAUGUUCCACUCUUGAUAAUGGGCCCAGGGAUUAAGGCCAACCAACAAGUAACAAAUGUUGUUUCUCUUGUGGAUAUUUACCCUACUAUGCUUGAUAUUGCUGGCAUUCCUCUGCCUCAGAAUCUGAGUGGAUACUCUUUGUUGCCAUUAUCAUCAGAAACAUUUCAGAAGAAAUAUAAAUUCAAAAACCUACAUCCUCCCUGGGUUCUAAGUGAAUUCCAUGGAUGCAAUGCGAAUGCAUCUACUUACAUGCUUCGAACCAACCAGUGGAAAUACAUCGCCUAUUCUGACGGUGCUUCGGUACUGCCUCAACUCUUUGAUCUUUCCUCAGACCCAGAUGAACUAACCAAUAUUGCUACAAAAUUUCCAGAAAUCACUUAUUCUUUGAAUCAAAAACUUCUUACAAUUAUAAACUAUCCUAAGGUUUCUGCUUCUGUCCAUCAAUAUAAUAAAGAGGAAUUCAUCAAGUGGAAACAAAGUAUAGGGCAAAACUAUUCAAAUGUUAUAGCGAAUCUUAGGUGGCAUCAGGACUGGUUGAAAGAACCAAGUAAGUAUGAAAGUGCAAUUGAUCAGUGGCUUAAAAGUCAUUGAAGAAAAUAACGUUCUAGAGUUACAUAUAUGUAUGAUCACAAACAUGGUCAAUUGUUUUGUUUCAUUUUGUUUUUGUAGCCAGCAGGAGCCAGGGCCUCACAUGUGUUAAGUUUCACUGCUCCCAGAUCAACUUUUUCAUUCAGAUAGAGAGGGGGAGAGAGAGAGAAAAGAGACACUACAGCCAGUAAGUUUCCCCUAGGGCCAUUGCUCUCUCAUGUGGCCAGGGUUCAGAUCUAGACCCUGCAUGGCAAAGCAUACACCCUACUUGGUGAACUGUCUCUCAGCCCCAAUCAUGUGUUUUUAAAUGCUCAUUUUCACAAUGACUUGUUUUAGUUUAAAAGAAAGUAAAUUUUUGAGCCCCCAGUUUCCCACAUGUAGAGGGGUUGCUUCACAAGUGGUGAAGCAAGUCUGCAGGUGUCUCUCUCUCUCUCUCUCUCUCUCUCUCUCUCCCCCUCCUCUCUCAAUUUCUCUCUGUCCUAUCUAAUAAAAAAGAAAUGGAAAAAAUAACCUCCAGGAGCAGUGGAUUCAUAGUGCAGGCACUGAACCCCUGUGAUAACACUGGAGGAAAAUAAAAUAAGAGAAAAGAAAAGAAAGUAAGUUUUGAAAGACUACAAAUCAUGGGGGUCAGAUGGUAGUGCAGAGGGUUAAGUGCACAUGGCACAAAGCCUAAGGACUACCACUUGUGAAGCAACCACUGCACAGGUGGGAAACUGGGGGCUCAAAAAUUUACUUUCUUUUAAACUAAAACAAGUCACUCAUCUGCUGUUGGGUACCAUAAAUCCACUGCUCCUGGAGGCUAUUCCCCCCACCUUUUGUUGCACUUGUUAUUUUUUUAUUGUUG